AUGAUCGCCGACGCAAAGAACAAGACGGCGCUGAUGCCCUGGGUACUCAUGCACGGGGUUUUUUGCAUGCUGUCCCUGGCCGCGACCUUCUCUUUGUGGAUCUCCGUCGCAGGGCACGAGGGUGGGACGAACUGCACGAAGCUUCAGGCUCUGAGCCCGACGUUCUGCGCGGAGCAGUCUUUAGCAUGGAUAAGUCCGGCUCCUGACGGAUUUUCGGCCUCGGAAUGCUGCCAUCAGCUCAUGUCGUCGACGAUGACUACCACCGUCACUCAGACAACUACUCGGACGCUUCCAUCCAGACAAGCUUUGCCAUGCUUGUGCAAUGCUUCCGGUGCAGAGCUGCUGUGCGAAACAGGCACUGGCCAGGUGUGCUCCUUGCUGGACACCGAAGAAAGGACAGAAGCCUGUUUUGCUGAAGGGACUCUCUGCACUCCUGCCACGUUGUGUCGAACCCGGGCAAGCCUUUCUGCGGAUUGCAGUCGCUUUCUCGAGGAGCCGGACUGCUCAAGACAGGCAGCCUGCGUUUGGGAAGAUGCCGAAGUCAACUAUGCCUACCAAUGCCGGCCGGCCGAAAGCCAGGACGCCAUCUCGGUAGGUCUGUGCGCUGGAUACUUGUCAAAGUCCUCAUGUAACGAGCAGAUCAUUUGCAAGUGGCAGCUGGUACCACUUGGUGAAGAGCGAUGUAGCAAUGGAGGAAGCUGGCGUGGCUGUAUCAGCAGUAUACCAUCCCUCGACCACCUCUGCAGUGAGUUCAAGACAUCACCCGAUUGUGCAACAGACCGUUUUUGUCAGUGGAGUGCGACCUGCAACUGCGCCGACGACUUUUUUGGCGACCUCUGCGAGAAGCAGGUCGCUCCUUUCAGUCGCCGUAGUGGCUGCACCGGGCCGGUCGGACCAGGUGAGAUGUGCCAGGCAAUCGUCUACGCGGCUUCUGCGAGUGAUCGGUUUCGCUGCGCGACGACUGGCCUCGACGUGGCAUGCAGCGAUUGGCUCCGCUUGAAGGAGACGGCCGAGGUGAUGUAUGAAGCCGAGCUUGGUGGAACCGUCGUCGAUUUUUUGGCUUUCUUCCUGGGACUGGCGAUCAGCUUCAGCAUCCACAAGAUGUCCAACUUCUACGGUUAUCGUCGCUUCGCGCUCUUCGCUCUUGUCGUCAGCUUUCUGGCCGACCUCACUCUUGAAGCGAUUCUCUCAACCUCCGUGUCGGCAGCAGCCAACGUGCUGGACCGGUUCAAGGAAUGUGCUUCACAAGAGACGAACGGCGACAGCUCGUUCACGAAGAUGAAGGCCACGGCCGACUGGAUUCGCAUACUCGCCUUCGCAAACAUCAUCAUCGCUUCCAUCGGUCUCUGCGGUGACAUUGCGGGAGCGGCGCUGGACUGGAGUAGAGAUCCUGCCAUCAAGGCUGGACUACUACUGGUAACUCACCUUGCCGGUGGCCUUGAAGCGGUCAUUGGGCUCUUCAGCUGGCGUCUCAACACCGAGCCCUUCAUUGAAGAGCUCCAAGCUGUGGAGAUGGCCGCUCUGGGCCUUGAAGAGUUGGAGCGCGGACGGGGUCAGAUGUGCUUCACCAGGCAUCCCGACCUAUCCGGGCCUGAAGUGGUCAGCAUGGGCUGGAGUAAUCCCAUCAUCUACAUCCUGUUGCCCGGCGCCCUGACGCUGGUCUCUUUGUCCUUGGCACUCGUGGUUGCUUUUUGCGUGCCAAGAUCGGCAAACGAGGUGAUGGAGAUGGAGUUGCCCACAGGCCGCCGCCGAGUCAGACCGGCUCCGGUAAUGGAAUUUGAGAAGCCCACCCCGCCUGGCAAACCUCGACAGCCAGAGGCCGUCGCGCCAAAGGGGCAGGCGCCUCCACCCCUAAACCCUACCAAGACUGCCCCUGACAAACCACGACAGCCAGAGGCCGUCGCGCCAAAGGGGCAAUCGCCACCACCCCUGAACCCUGCCCUGAACCCUGCCAAGACUGCGCCUGACAAGCCCCGACAGCCAGAGGCCGUCGCGCCAAAGGAGCAAGCGCCUCCACCCCUGAACCCUACCAAGUCUGCGCCUGACAAACCCCGACAGCCAGAGCCCGUCGCGCCAAAGGAGCAAGCGCCUCCACCCCUGGACCGUACCCAGACUGUCCCUGACAAGCCCCGACAGCCAGAGGCCGUUGCGCCAGAGGAGCAGGCGCCUCCACCGCUGGACACCACCAAGACUGCGCCUGACAAGCCCCGACAGCCAGAGGCCGUCGCGCCAAAUGGGCAAGCGCCUCCACCCCUGAACCAUACCCAGACUGUCCCUGACAAGCCCCGACAGCCAGAGGCCGUCGCGCCGAAGGGGCAAGCGCCUCCACCCCUUAUCCCUGCCAAGACUGUUGAUGAGAUUAUGUAA